UCACGUGACAAAGCGUGAGCAUUCCACGACUGUCGAAAAGUGACUUUGUCUCAAACCCUUGCCAAUUGCCAUUUCUUUAGGGAUUGUUUUUAAUAAUAAAAAAUACUUGUCUAAAUAAACAUGGAUAAUAGGACCACUGCAGGGUUAACUACAAAUGUAAGUUUUGAGAACAAACGGAAAUGGAAAGACUUUCAGUCUUAGAAGAUAGGGUUUGUCCUUUAUGUGCAUCUAAAAUAAAUUUCUUUUUUAUUAAUUAUUUUGAAAAAAUUUUGAUGUGUGAGAACACCGAGUGUGAGUUUCCAUUUGGUUAUGAAGACUUACAGUUUGCCAAAGUAGAUAAUCCUGACAAUGAAACUGGGUCUGUAAAAACUAAACAAAGUUUUUCAUCACCUUCAUCUAUUUCUGGCAUCACAGUAUCUGAUGUAGAUCAGCUCUACCAAGCUUGUGAGUCUGAGAAUAAUAUGCCUGAUCAGGUAUCUUUAAAUCGGCCAACUAGACCCCGUCAAAGCUAUAUACUGAAAAAUGUUGCCCCUCUCAAUAGCCUUCACUCGGAAAUUAUGAAAAUGAAUAGUCAGAUGAAGAUCAGCGAUCUAACUGAUAAGAAACUGAUUAAAAAUCUUUACAAGCUACAGAAUUUUACUGGAGCACAGUUAUUAAAACCACAAGAGUUGACUACCUUAAAACGGAGUGAAUGCCAAAUGCAACCGGAAGUUAAAAUAGAUAUAAAUCGGAUGGAAAAUGACAUCUCUGUUAUAAAAAUUGAGUUGUUGAGUACAGAGGUUAGUGAUGAUUAGUCUUGGUGAUAUACUGGUAGAAGGUGCACUGGGAAUGUACAACAUGUCAAUGAACCUGGAACUUUUGAUUUGUACAAUUGUGUAUUAAUUUAAAAUUCAGAAUAUUCUAUUUCAAUUCUUUUAAGUUCUAUCAUAUUUUUCCCAGUAAAAAAUAUUAAUUAUUUACUAUGUUAGAAAAGUAAUUUGUUUAAAUGGAUGGAAUAAAUAAUAUUAAAAUUGUCCAAUUGUAUAAAAAAUUAGAUCCAUCAAUCAGUUCUUAAAAAACAGCAGCACAAUACCGACAUACAUCAGUUUUUUUUUACAGUUCCACAAUUUAGAUUGAACUCACACAAGCAUUUGAUUGAAUCAUUUGUAUUUUUCGAGACUUGUUUGUUCAUUUUUCUACAGCUUAGAAUGAAUUUAACAAUAUAACAUGAUAUAUAGUAAUUUUAUGAUAAAUAUUUAAUGUGAAUAAUUAGACCUAAACAUAAGUAUUGAUUCAGAAUUUGAGGCAUCAGAAAUGUCACAUUAUUAAUAUAUCUAUCUCAACUUUUCCAAGUCAUGAUCUUGAUUUGAAUAGUUCAGAAGACAUUCGACGAUUUGAAGAAAUAAAGAGAAAUUUUGAGCACCAAGAUAUCGUGCCACGAUGUUCAUCAUUCUUUUAUAAUAUAUGUUUUAAUCGCAAUCCUGGUCGUGUUGGCAAUAAUUGCCUAUUGGAGACGCAAAGCCGGUGGUGGAGGCUGUGCCAGGAGUAUCGAUAUCUGCCCUCUCCACAGUCCACACCCCGUGAAAGGGAGUGUUUGAGCGAGUGUGAAGUUACGGAAAAAAUGCAUUUUAAUCAUAAUAAUACAGUGUUUUGAAAAGUAAUUUCAAUUCAAAAAGUCAAUCCAUUGUAAUUGAUAAUAAACAAGAUCGAGCUUCCUCGCCGAUGUUUCGUGUUUUCCUUUCCGGAAUUAAAUAUAAUUAAAUCUUAGCAGCUAAUAAGAUAACUGUCAUUCAUUUUUUCCCCCGCAACCAUUGAUAUACAAAAAACCCAAGAUGCACUCAACGUCUAAAAAACGUCCUCAAAAAAUGAGCGCAACAUUCUAAAUUGUGCGCUCAUUUCAAAUAGUCUCGCGUCGCUCGCGUCAGGGAGCAGACGUUAAAAAUGUCAAAGUGUUCUGUGAGAAAUU